CCUAGUAAUAGAUCAAUUGAAUAUAUAGAUAGCUAUUUUUGCGUGUUGUUGCUAUUAUGGCUUUCCGCUAGCGAAAUUCCUGCAUUUUCCCCCGGUAGUUGCCAGUUGUCAUCAAAUCAAGAGACAAAUUUCUCCCCGCAAGUAGCGCCUAGCUUUCCACACGAGAUGUAAUGUGUACACAGCCAUCACCGCCUAACAUUACAGUACAUCGGCCAGCAUGAUGCAGCAGUAGGGACUGGACACAGUAACCAGCUGUGCCGACAGCCAUGGCUGCCUGGUAUCUCAUCUCGGAGAAACAGAGCGGCAACGGUGCCGACCAGCACAAGUACCGCCUGCGCCAGCAGAUGAUCUUCGUCGGCCGAGAGGACUGUGAGAUGGUGCUACAGUCGCGAUCGGUGGACAAGCAGCAUGCUGUCAUCAAGUACGACUUGGCAGAAGACGUCUACAAAGUGAAAGACCUUGGCAGCCUGAAUGGGACUUUUCUGAAUGAAUCUCGAAUCCCAGAGGAGACCUAUGUCACAUUGCACAAGAAGGACACCCUCAGAUUCGGAUAUGAUCAUCAUGUUUUUAGAAUUGAGCACUUAGAAGAUACGGGAGAGCCAUGGGAGCUGAAACAGUUGAAGUCAGAACUAGUAGCUCGGCGCUUGAAAGGUCGCAGGUCGUAUAGCCCUCCUUUCUACCAUGCUCACUGUGAGACAUGUGGACAUGAGGUGUACCAGCCCCAUGACUCACACGGCCGUCACCGCGACAGUGUCCCUAGCGCCUCGCCAGCCUACGAGCAGAAGAACCAAUCAGCAAAGGUGCCUCCUCUCAACGGGUCAAGGGUCAGAGACAUGAGGAGAAGCCCAGUAUCAUCAGUGGACAUCGGGAUACAGACCGAUGAAGAGUGUGUUUCCCAAGCCGAGGACAACUUGUCUGAGGAAGGCACAGUGCCACCUGCGGCUGAGAUGACCCACGCACACGGUCAAAAACAAAUUGCUCAGUCCCCCGAGGUGGAAUCGCUCCUGAAAAGUGAAAGUACCCAGCCUGAAAGUGAAAGUUCUGGGGUUCAGGAGACCACCGAAUCCCCCUUGUCUCUUACUAGUGAAAGUACGGGCACACCAUCAGACCUGACUCCCCACGCCAAGCGUGGCACCCCCCUGUACGGACAGCCCCAGUGGUGGGGAGAGACGGAGGAGGGGGUGGGGUCAGGCCAUAAGGUCAAUGGAAGGGGGCACAAAGACCUGCCUGUUAGAGAAGGUAAUGGUGAUGGAAGAGCUGGUCCUCCCCCAGCCGGCUCCACCAACCUUAGAAGAGAGCAGAAGGAGAGAGACGCAGUUCUGGAGCGGAUGGAUGAAACAAGAAGGGAACACAAAUACUUUGAAAUUCCGGCCACAGACUUCCAGCAGACGGAGAUCUCGCCAAUGAACCCGUCGAGUAAAGACAUGUCAGACUUGAAGAAGAAGGACUCGCACCUGUGCUUCACGGUGAACCUGGACGACACGUCGCCCCUGAAGCUGAGUGUUGGGGACAGCGUGAGCAAGUUUGCGCCCUCCCACCGUCAGCAGAGGAAGGAGAGGACAGAGGGGGUGGGGGCAGACGAGCCCAUGUCCUCUCCCAGGGGCAUGCAUCGCAGGAGGAGGUCUGAACAUCUGGAGCAGACUGAGCGUGAAGGCAGCCGCCAGGUGGAGGUCAUGUUCAGUGGUUCCUGGAGGCGAGGCCCAGCGGGGCAGAGUGACGUCACUGAUGAUGACAGUGUGCACAGUGACAUGCCUGUGUCCAGUAGGAGCAAAACAGGAAGCCAACACCUUGAUGGCACCAGAAGUGAGUCGGAGACGGAGUCCAGACAUCCCCACCUACAUGCGCGGGUCAGGCCGGAGGAGCAGCGCAGCCAGCAGCCGGAGAUGUCGCCCCUGGCGCAGGCUGACCUCCAUCGCAGGAAGAAAAUCACUCCGGAAGACAUGCUGCUGGACCAGCGGUCCUUCACGGUCGAUUUCUACGACAGGAAAACUCCUCCCAAGACGAAGUACCCGGACUCGCUGAAGGAGAAGAAAGGCGGCGUGAGAGGCAGUGUUGAGAAGGCACAGACAAGGAAAGGAACGGACGGUGCGGCUCCACAGCAGGGUAAGGCAGAGGCGGGAGAGAAGGACUCUGGGUCGCGACCCUCCAGUGGGAAGAAGAGACAGAGCAAGGAGGAUGCACAGGACCACCCUGUGGACCCUGAUAAGGACGUGUGUGAGGAAGACAAAACAAGUGAUGCAGGCACGUACACUAUAGAACUAGAUGAACCCAAUCCUGAAGUGGAAGAAGCCAGAAGAAAAAUAGACGAGGUGUUUGGUGUCAGCGAGCCUGGUGAACCACAGAAAGCAGCAAAGGAGGCGGAGUCUCCCUCAGAGCCUGGCAUCCAAGGACCAGGUGGUGAGAGCCAGCAGGCUGACCACCCGGCCUCGGCCGAGGCGGAGUCAGGUGGUUUCGGUCAGGUGGAGGUGAUUUUCACGGGCUCCUGGAAGCGAGCCAGCCAGCAGCCCAAGCAGCGUCCCGUUGGUCCGAUCGCCCCAAGUGCUCCUAGCUGGGUCCACCAGUGGGUCAGUGCGGACCAAACCACUUCUCCAUCAGCUGAGGGGGAGCAGGCUGGAAUGCCACCAUUGCCUUCAGUAGUUGUCACUGACAGAGAUGUACUUGGAAUGGACCACCAAAAGCCAUCCAUACCAAGAAGAAAGCUCUCGGAUGCUUCAUCUCAGGAGUCCCCGAAGACUGGCAGGAAGCGCCGCACCCUCCCCGCAAUCCCCAAGGAGAAACCUUCCUCCCUGCCGUCCAGUCGAACCACCACCCCACCCGUAGAGAAGUCCACCUACCCGCCAGGUUCUGUAGGCUCAGAGGAGUCACGGCACAGGGAGAGGGCGUCAGAACUGUUGGAGGGGGAGAGAAGAAUACGGAGGGGGAGUUUUACUUUAGAUGAGGAUUCACCAAGUAUUCUUAAGGAACUGCAGCCCUCGGCUGUCCCUGUGACGGACCACAAGGAUGAUACCAUGAAGGUCCUAGAUGCAGCCAGCGAUGUUAGUUUAGACACAGCAGUGUUGCUGAAAGACACUGACAGUGUUAUAGCUGCAUUAGAGUCUAGAGUUAAAGCUAGACAUGCUGAGGCUCAGAGUCAGUUAGAGGGGAGCCGAAGGUCUCCUGUUGGACACGUGGGCAGGGGUCGUGAGUCCUCGGGAGAUUCUGACAUGGACACAGUCAGCACCACUAGUGUGGCAGACGGAGACGUUGGGUUGAUUAAGUCUAAGUCUGCCUCCAGACGGAGUCUCAGCUCUCAGUACUGGGAAAAAAGUCACGAUGGAGACAAACUUAGAGACACGUCAGCAAAACAGAGAUUGAGGGAAUCGAGACGGUCGGACCCGUAUGGCGACAGAUCGUCCACCAUUUCUGACGUUCUGUCGUCAGAUGCGGACACACAAGUCGGACGGGGUGGUAUCACCGAAAAGGGAGGGGGAGCGGCUUUUCACAUCGAGUUUUCUGCCGGGUCGCCAGAAUUUUCCAGGGGAACUCCAUCCAGAAGGAGCCUUGGGAGAGGAGAGAAGAAAUCCAGGCCCACAGACUUACAGAAAUCUGCUUCCAUGGAGGUGAACAAGUCCGGUACAUUCCCGAAGCCCAGACCAACCAGAGCGUCGCUCCUUCGGCGCAACAGACUGGAGAGCGACUCGGCCAGGAGCGGACCCGACAGUUCAGGGGAGCUGGAGGAUUACCCAGAGACCCCAUCUGAAGCCAGCACCGCGUCCACGUCCAGCACGUCCUCACGCCCCAGACCCAGCAGCGCCAAGUCCUCCCGCGAAAUGGAGAUGCAGGCGCGACUCGACCGGCUGUCCAAGCCUCGAGCCGGCAGAUUGAAGGAUCCCCCAAAGAGCGACAGGAGCGAUCUCAGUUUAGGUGGACAGAUCGUUAAAGCCGCCCGAGCGAGUUCGGGUCAGCCCAAGCAGGGGUCCGUCCGAGCCAGCCCACAGGCUAAAACAAGAACAGCUUCGGGGCAGGGACACAGCCGGUCUAAAUCCAUCUCUUCCACGGAGAAAGGCAGCGGGUCUAGCGUGUGGAGACGGAAGUCAGACGCGGUGGAGGCUUCAGGGGGCAACGUCUGGAGGCGAAGGAAGGACAACUGGGAGGACCACGGCUCGCGGUCGUCCACUGAGUCAGCGGGAGACACGACAGACAGGUCAGAGAGCAGGGUGAAGCGGUCUAAGUCGUUUGGUGAUAGUGCACGGGCGCUUAGACGGGGUGACAGAAAAAAGUCCACCUCAAACGAAGGCUUGCACAAGUCCAGAAAAGGCUAUGCCACUACUCCUGAUUCUGGGCGAUCCACGACUGACGAGAUCUCGCGCCUGAGUCAGCAGCUGGCAGCGGACCUGGCCAUCCUGGCGCAGGGGGCCGAGUCCGACGACGGGGCCAAACACGUGCCCAAGAAGAGGAUGGACAGCAAAGAAAAGCCGAAAUAUGCCACCCUCCCGCGGGCAGCAAAAGCCAGUAAAGCAGCUAAACACCUCACUGGGAUACGGAAACCUAGAAAAGAGUUGCACAUGGAUUCAAAGGGUUCAAAGCAGUUAGUAGAGAGGAUCUUUGAGGACAGCAUGUCUAAACAGACCAAGUCUGGAGGGGGACCCAGAGGAGGGUCUGACAGAGAAAAGGAGAGUCCGACCUCAAGUAAACGUCGACAAUGGAGAAAAGAAGAGCCACUGGACAAUCUGGUCAUCACCUCUGUCCACCGUCUGUCUCAGAAGAUCAAGCUGACCAUAGACAGGACUGUGGCUAAAGCAAGACAUGUGUAUGGACCUGAUCAGCCCCUUCCUGAUGUGAAGUCUCGAGAUGAUGCUGACCUUCCAAUGCUGAAGUCUUCCAAUCAGGAGAUUGCAGCCAUUCUUGGUAACCUGAGAAGAGUAGAGAGGCAGAUAGAAGUUCUGGACCGGUUGAUUGACCCAGAUGACCAGAUCCCAGUCGACAGUACUGAGGACGACUCCAGCUCUACCCUGGUGGGUCCCCCAGCCUCCACCCCAUCCUCCACCGGCCACAGGACCCCCGUCUCCGAGUACGAGCAGAAAACGCGUUCCUGGCAGGCCGCCGACCGGUCGCUGUCCGAGCAGUCGGAGGGGAUGGACUCCGAGGACGGGGAGUUCGAUAUUCACUUCAACAGGUUCAACCCGUCAGGAGACGAGGACUACUCCACUAUGGAAUAACUUCCCUGGUUCUAAACCAGCAAUGUUGCAAGAACGGUUUCAUUAGUAAAAAUCUUGCCCUUGUUGAACCCAUACCUGACAGUCUACGGGUGUAUGCUUUAGGGGUGUGAUGCAACUGUUUCACAGCCGAUUGUUGUCCAAGGCAUUGUAUCAUAACUGCAAGUUAUGUGCAUAAUUUAUGUCCAUGCCAAAAAGUUUCUUACAUGUUCAACUGAUUUAUGAAAAGAGAUCAUGUUUGAUUUUUGGCUAUGGUGGAUGAAUUUGAUAAAUUAAGCUUGCCAGUAGAGGUAGUUUGAACAUGACAAAGUGAAGAAAUGAAAUCUAUUUAUCCAGAUCCUACUUGAAAUGUGUUUAGGUUCCUCCUGACCUAGUGACAGUUUUCUGGUUACCCGGUAGCUGCAGAGUACAUCAGCAUUAGAGAAGGUAACCUUGAUCAUUGAUACCCUAGCAUGUCCCAGCUUUCUUCAGUGCAAUCAGUGUUUUGUCCUGUCCUAACCUGUGUUGUGGCUCAUCUUCCUGAAAUUAAAAAGCAGCACUCAAAAAGUCAUAACGAGGAAAGAAAAAACAGCAGAUACUGCUGUGAAGGGAUUCCUUAAAAGUGUCAAAGAAAGGUGCAAAUAUUGAAAAAAAAUGUUAAGCAUACUUGUAUUGAUGAAAUUUUAGUCUGUCUCUAGAUGAAGUGAGAAAAAAAGCCAACUAAAAGAGCCAACUCCAAGUCACCGCAUCUGGGGAACCAUGGGGACUGUCCAAGCGGUGGUGCAAACUAGUCACAUUACAUAUAAUAGCAAAUGAUAAAUGUAAAAUACAUUGCAUCAAAAAUAUGAAUUGUCAAUAUAUAAUUGUGAGCCAGUUACCAAACAUACAUGUAUGCGUAUGAGAAUUGUAUGCAGACAGUCAGUCAUGUGAGUUAGGCAAUGUUGCUGAUCGCAAGGAGAAAAGUGUCUUACCUGACAUAAUAACUGACUGGUUACUAAGUGUGAGAUGGGGGGUUGGAUGACCAGAAAUGCUUAUCUUCAAGUAGAUGUUGGUGUGGAAGAUUGCCAUGCUUUCUGACUACUUCUCUGACUGACAUGAUUCUCUUGCUGUCAGUGCUCAGCUGACCUUUCACCCCAACAUCUGCUUGGAGAGUUCAGAUAUGCUGCUGCCAUGGGAGCUCAUCACAUCACACCCAUUGAUGCAAAUGCCUCUGCUAUUUUAACUUAUGAUUUGUUUUUGACUGUACAUUUUGCAGUAUUGUUGGAAAGAACAUAGAUGUCUGUCUAUACAAGAGUACCUUUGAAAGUAUGUCAACAUUGGUUACAAGUUAACAUUUAAGUGGUAUUAUUUAUCUUCUAUCUUCACUUUUAAUAAAAAUGUAUUUUAUGCAAUUUUUUAAAGAUGGUUAUUUUGUAUAUUUUUAAUUUUCAAACCUUGCCAAGACAAAUCAAAGCUACCCCACCACACUGUAUCAACUGGAACUAUCAGUGACUUUGUUUUAAUUUAUAUCAUGAAAGUACAAGUGUGCAUUUUACAAUAUUUACAAUGACUUAUUUAUGCAAACCAAUGUGAAAUAAAGCUAUGAAUAUGUAUCGUG